AAGAAAUAUCUAAAUAAUAAUUAUUUAAUUAAACAUGAAUAAAAGAAAAUUUGAAGAGGAAAAUGAAAAUAAACAAAAUAAUGAAAAUUCUUCAACAGAAACAAUAAAAGUUAAACGAAUUUUAUCACGUUUUAAAUCAGAUAAGGGUGAAAUAUUACCUGGUGGUUUAUUAGAUUUACCUAUAAAUAUUACAGUUGAUAAAUUACAAGCAAUUUGUAAUACACUUUUACAAAAUGAAGAACCUAUACCUUUUGCUUUUUAUGUAAAUAAUAUUGAGAUCACAGAUAGUUUGGAAAAUAAUAUCAAAGAAAAUUUUAGCGUUAGUGAGGAUAUAAUUGAAGUUAUAUAUCAACCACAAGCAAUUUUUAAAGUGAAAGCAAUUACACGAUGCACUGGAUCUUUAGAAGGACAUAAAGAGGCAGUAAUAUCAGUUGCUUUUUCACCUAAUGGAACAUGUUUAGCUAGUGGUUCUGGAGAUACAACAGUUAGAUUUUGGGAUAUAUAUACACAAACUCCAUAUUAUACAUGUGAAGGACAUAAACAUUGGGUAUUAUGUAUAUCAUGGUCUCCAUGUGGAACUAAAUUAGCAUCUGCAUGUAAAAAUGGUACCGUAUUAUUAUGGAAUCCAAAAACAGGAAAACAGAUAGGAAAAGCUAUGUUAGGUCACAAAAUGUGGAUUACUUCUCUAUGUUGGGAACCAUAUCACAAAAAUUCUGAAUGCCAAUAUUUAGUUAGUGCUUCAAAAGAUUGUGAUUUAAGAAUAUGGGACACAAUACGUUCACAAACAGUUCGUAUUCUCUCUGGUCAUACAAAAAGUGUGACAUGUGUUAAAUGGGGUGGAAAUGGUCUUAUUUAUUCUGCUUCACAAGAUAGAACUAUAAAAGUGUGGAGAGCUGAAGAUGGAAUUUUAUGUAGAACUUUAGAAGGUCAUGCACAUUGGGUGAAUACUUUAACAUUAAAUGUCGAUUAUGUACUCAGAACUGGUCCUUUUCAUUUUGGAACAGAGCAAAAUGAAACUGAAACUCGUGUAGAAUAUGCAAAAAAAUGUUACGAAUCUGUGGGUGAAGAAAUACUUGUUUCUGGUUCUGAUGAUUUUACAUUAUAUCUAUGGAGACCAGAAAAGGAAAAAAAAUUCAUUGCAAGGAUGACGGGACAUCAGCAAUUGAUUAAUGAUGUAAAAUUCUCACCAAAUGGUCGUAUAAUUGCAUCUGCUUCAUUUGAUAAAUCAAUAAAAUUAUGGGAAUCAAAUACAGGAAAAUAUAUAACUUCAUUAAGAGGCCAUGUACAAGCUGUAUAUUCAAUCUCAUGGAGUGCAGAUUCUCGUUUACUUGUUAGUGGCAGUGCAGAUUCUACUUUAAAAGUAUGGAGUUUAAAAACGAAAAAACUUUGUCAAGAUUUACCUGGUCAUGCAGACGAAAUUUAUGCAGUUGAUUGGUCUCCAGAUGGAUGCCGUGUCGUAUCCGGUGGAAAGGAUAAGAUUUUACGACUUUGGCAAAAUUAAACAAUGUGUAUAAAUUUUUUUUUAAUAAUUUUUAAAUUUUAUGCAAUUAACAAAUGAAAUUUUCACAAACAAAAUAUUUAUUCGAAGGAAAAUAUUCAAACGAAAUAUAUUUGAGAAUUUUUCAAAGAUUAAUUUAUUUAAUUACCAGAUCUCAUCACGAGGAGAUCGUCCAAUGUUGUUCAACGUCGUUCAACGAUGAGGUUCUUAACUAAUUUAAUCUAGAUCUUAAUAUCACAACUAAAAUCUAACAUAACAGCAGUAUCAAACAUACGCUCGUUUCACUUAAAACAAAAUAAGAAAACUAAAAAAAAAAACAGCUAAUCAUUCAAUUUUUUAUAUUUUCAAUUAAUAUUUCCAACUAUUAGAACAAAAGAGAAUUCGAAAAGAAAGACAAUAAAUAAAAGACGAAGAAGAAACGAAAAAAUAUGAGAAAGAAAGAAACAAUAAAGAAAACGAAAAUUCAUGUCGUGAUUUCAUCACGAUUCAAAUCAAUGAACUUAUAAGUAUCGCCGGACAGAUGAUACUCACUAGUCAAUCGAGGAUUACGACAACGAUCUGGCACAAGAACGAUUUACGAUACAGGAAAGAACUAAAUCUACUAGAGAUACUAAAUCUACGAUCAUCGGAGUCAAUUUAGUCGAGAACAAUCGAAUUCAACCGCAAAAUCUAACUCUGAUCAAUCACCAAAAGCCACCAAUCAGAGCGUGGAUCCUCGAUUGGCCACCGGAAGUAGAGCAGUAGCUCGACGAUCCUUGAAAUUAUCGCAUGGUAAUGACUCGAAUGAGAUUUGAAGCUAACGCCACAAAGACCAGGAAUUCACCGAUGCUUCCAUCUAUCUAUAAAAAUGAGAACUUGAAAAGAUGAUAGAAAAUACGAAA